CUGGCCUUAUCCUUCUCUUUUCUCAUCUUUUUAUUCUAUUACCAACCAUGUCUGGCUUAUGAAAAAAGAAAAAUUCAAAAUUUUGGUUCGAGAUUUCUAGUCUACUAUCUUAUCUUGAGGAAUUUCUCAUCAUCUCUAUUUAUUUAAAAAUGUUAUUUUUUUUUAUUUAUUUUGUUUAGCUCCUCCGAUUUCCAUCUCAUUGGAACCUUCUACAAAUUUUAGGAAUUUAAAGCACAAACCCUAAGAAUAUUCCAAAAAGAUAGUUGAGUGAAAAAAUUGAAGAUUUUCCUACAUUUUCUCAUAUUUUCUUAGAGUUCCUCUUCAAUUUGUACUCGAGUGGUUUUUAGAAUUGAACAGGAGUGUUUUCGGACAGUGCUUCAAAUGAAGGGCAUUUAACUAGAUUCUUUUGAAAAUAGGUCUUCCUGUAAUUAUUAGGGUUCGCAUCCUCUGCAAAUUACUCUUGGAAAUGUGGAUUGUACAUGGAUGUUAGACACGUGUGUCCGACUCCCAUGGCCUUAAUGGUUCAAGUCAGUGCAUUCCAUGUCAAGAGGUGGACUUAUCUCUUUUAUCUUUAUAGAUCCACACAUCCACUCGGUUCCGGAAAUAUCUAAGCGGCGAAAAUGCUUGAAAAUGACUUCUAAUAUGUUUAAUCGUUUUUUACAAACUCUGUUUUUUUGUUUCCUCAUUCUCUUUCAUAAACAAAUAUCUGACUUAUUUUUUUUUAAUUUGUUUUUCUUGUGCCUGGAUGGUCGGAAUCCCCACUUAGCUAUCAUUUUUUGUAUUGGAGACUUGGACUGUGGUGUAACCGUGUAAGUUCAUCAAUCAGGCCAAAGCUCACGUAAGCUCUUACGCCACCAGCAGCGGCUAGCGGACAAGAUGUCAAGAACACACAGAGCUUGGACCUACAUCAGCAGAAAAUAGAGGAUGGAGGCUGAAGGCCCCACCCAGACUUGAAACUCCAAAGCGGCAUCCAAUUCCAUUCUCCAUCACCUUCAAUCCUCAGCUGUAAUGGCUUCACAGAAUUGCGAUCGGCUUCACUUUGUUUUGCUUCCCCACUUGGCCCUUGGGCACCUAAUCCCCAUGAUAGACAUUGCCAAGCUAUUGGCACAGCAUGGUGUCAUCGUCACUGUUAUCACCACCCCUGUCAAUGCAGCUGGGUUGACUACCAUUAUUGAUCGAGCUGUUGAUUCUGGACUCCGAAUACAACUUCUCCAAGUCCCGUUCCCAUCUGUAGAAGCCGGAUUGCCAGAGGGUUGUGAAAGCAUGGAUCGUCUCCCCUCCCGAGACUUGUUCAGAAAUCUCCUCAUUGGCAUUGGCAUGCUAAAACAACCUGUGGAAAAUUUGUUUGAUGAGUUACAGCCGCGUGUUAGCUGCAUAAUUGCUGAUAAAAAUCUUGUGUGGACUGAUGAUACAGCUCGCAGGUUUCAGAUUCCGCGGCUUGUUUUUGAUGGAAUAAGUUGCUUUUCGCUGCUGUGCACACACAAUUUACACGUUUCCAAGGUACAUGAGAAGGUCUCGGAAGGGGAGCCCUUUGUGGUGCCAGGUUUGCCUGAUCGUAUCGAAUUAACUAGAGCCCAGUUACCUGGAGCUGUAAAUAUGGGUGGAACGGACUUGAGAGAGAUGAGGAACCAAAUAAGAGAGGCUGAACUAGCUGCAUAUGGGGUGGUGGUUAACACGUUUGAGGAACUGGAACCAGCAUAUGUCAAAGAAUUCCGAAAGGUCAGAGGAGAUAAAGUUUGGUGCGUAGGACCGGUGUCACUGUGCCACAAGGAAAACAAGGACAAGGCUGAGAGAGGCAACAAGGCCUCUAUCGAUGAAAAACAGUGCUUCAAUUGGCUUGAUUCAAAGGAACCCAGCUCUGUGGUUUACGCGUGUUUAGGGAGCCUCAGUAGGCUUACUCCUCUGCAGCUGAUGGAGCUUGGGUUAGCCCUAGAAGCAUCUAACCGACCUUUCAUCUGGGCUAUAAAGGAGGGAAAGAAUGCACAGGAGUUGGAGAAGAUAUUAUUAGAAGAUGGGUUUAUGGAGAGGACAAGAGGGAGAGGGCUUUUGAUCCGAGGUUGGGCUCCGCAGGUGCUGAUCUUGUCGCACCCAGCAAUAGGGGGGUUCUUGACACACUGUGGUUGGAACUCUACGCUUGAAGGGGUCUGCGCGGGCGUGCCAAUGAUAACAUGGCUGCUGUUCGCAGAGCAGUUUUAUAAUGAGAAGUUUGUGGUACAAGUAUUGAGGAUUGGUGUGAGGGUGGGGGCUGAGUUCGCGGUGAAGUGGGGAGAGGAAGAGAAAUUUGGAGUGGUGCUGAAGAGGGAAGUGGUGGAGAAAGCCAUAGAGCAGCUGAUGGAGGAAGGAGUAGAAGGCCAGGAGAGAAGAAAAAGAGCUAGGGAGCUUGGGGAAAUGGCAAAGAGAGCAAUGGAAGAAGGGGGCUCUUCUUAUCUCAACAUGACAUUGUUGAUCCAAGAUAUUAUGCAACAAGUAACAUGCAAUCAAACCAAGACAUGAAGAGAGUGACCUCAUUGUGCCCCUAAAUUCUGUAACUUUUCAAACUGAGGGUUACCCUGCUGAAGAGAUGGUAACUGGUAAGUCAGAUAUUUUGUAAAGAAAUAUUUGGUUAAAAGGGAUGAAAUUAGUACAUUGAUGGUGCCCAUUUUAAACAACUGAAAUAAGUAAUAAGUAAUAAGUUGCGGUAGGCAUUCAUGA